GCCUGGGAUCCUGGAAGGCGGCCAGCCUCUGCAGCCGGGCCCAGCGGCUCCUGAGACUGGGGCGGACCUCACACCUGACCCCGGAGCUGCUAAUCCUGCCCAACCGUCCCACCCGCCACGUGCCCUCGGGGCUGGAACGCGGCGCCCGGGGAGAGGCCUGCUGGUCAGGGGGCGCUGGUGCGCAGGCGCGCAGGGCCGCCUUCGCGGCUACCUUCCUGCGCCGCUUCGGAGAGGGCCCCCUAAUCUCUACUCGGCCCGCAACAGCAGUGCUGGCGUCAGGGCGCGGUGGGGGCAAGACGGGUGACUGGCAGCAGGGCGGUGCCGGGCCGAGAAGGGCGCCUCACCUGGCGCCUCCCGCCUUCCUUUCCACCUCAGGUUGCAGAGAGCCGCCAGGGCAGGUGGAAGGGCCACGCCCCGCUCCCGCGAGAGUCACCGAGAGACGUUGGGGGUGGGGCAGGGACCCCAACCCUAGACCAGUCCUGUAGGGCACAAUGUCUGAACAAGAGCGUAUACAGGAAUGUCUGCGGAAGGAAAUAAGGUCACUUCUCAUUUCCACCAAAGAUGGUUUGAGCCCACAGGAGUUGGAGAAGGAGUACCUUUUGAUGGUUGGCAACCAUCUACCACUCCGAAUCCUUGGGUAUCGGUCCACUAUGGAGCUGGUAUUGGACAUGCCUGAUGUUGUUAGUGUCUGCCCCGGUGCAGGUGGUACUGUAAUACUGAAAGCCAUUCCAGAUGAAUCUACCAAAGGAAUAGCAAGCUUAGUUGCAAAACAGAGGAGCAGCCAUAAGGUUCGAAACUCCAUGCAUAAGGGAAGACCUAGUAUUUAUUCUGUACCAAGAUCUCAUCGGCGAGUACCUUACCGAGGAAGGGUUGCCCCUAUUCUUCCAGCUGUUGUGAAGAGUGAGUUGAAGGACCUGUUGGCGUUAUCUCCUGUUCUCCUUUCUGAUUUUGAAAAGGCAUUUGCCAAAAGAUUUGGACGAUCAUUCCAAUACAUGCAAUAUGGAUUUCUCUCUAUGUUUGAAGUGCUUAAUGCGGCUUCAGAUGUCAUUUCUGUAGAGCACACCAGAGCAGGUUCUUUGUUGAUGCUAAAGAAGAGUGUGACAGAGGAAAAGCCGAGAGGAUGUCCAGCAGGUAAAAUUUUUGCCCAGCCAUUUAGAAUGAAACAAGGGUCAUACUCCACAGGCUUUCCGGUAGCAAAGGCAUGCUUUUCACAACCCACUUCAAACAUGGAACCACCGAAGCAAAUAAUGAGCACGGAAAAGACUUCCAAGUUAAAUGUAGUGGAGACUUCAAGGCUGAAUCACACUGAAAAAUUAAACCAGCUGGAGAACACAUUCAAAUCAGUUAUUGCACGAAUUGGACCUGGAGGAACUAUCAGUUCAGAACUAAAACAUAAGAUAAAAUGUGUUGUAUCUAAGUUCCCGGAGGGUUUGUUUAUUUCUAAACUGCUUGGAGAGUAUGAGGUAAUUUUUAAAGAGCAACUAUCACCAAAAAAAUUAGGCUUCUUAAAUGUGACAGAACUUGUUGGAGCUCUUAGUGACAUUCUCCAUGUUGAGUUCAGGGAAGGACAGCAAGACUUACUAGUGUUUGAUGCGGAUAAGAAGCUUCUACCACCUGUUCAGUCAGAUAAGAAAAUAGAAGCCAAAGCUUGUGUCUCCAGUCUACCAAGAAAUUCAUUGUCUACUGCUACUGUCAAAGAGACUGUAUGGAAUUGCCCUUCAAAAAAACAAAAAGAGCCACAACAGAAGAUUUGUAAGAAGCCUAAUCUCGUGGUAAAGCCUUUACAGCUGCAAGUAGAAUCAAACAAAUCACAGCUCAACCUGGCAACGGCAAAUCAUGACAUCCCACCAGAUGCUGUGCCAGACAAGAAAUUAUGCAGACUCCCACCAUUAGACACCAGUUCCCUCAUAGGGGUCUUUGUGGAGUAUAUCAUCUCUCCUAGUCAAUUCUACAUCCGGAUCUAUAGCAGGGAUUCAUCAGAGUUACUCGAAGACAUGAUGAUUGAAAUGCGGCGCUGUUAUUCUAAUCAGCUGGUUUCUGAUCGAUAUGUCAUGCCAGAAUGUUUUAUUCAGCCGGGACAUCUCUGUUGUGUGAGGAUUUCUGAGGAUAAGUGGUGGUAUCGGGUCAUUAUCCAUCGAGUCCUUGGGAAACAGGAAGUUGAAGUGUUCUACCCAGACUUUGGAAAUAUUGGAAUUGUUCAGAAGUCCUCCCUGAGGUUCCUCAAGUGCUGCUACACAAAGCUUCCAGCUCAGGCUAUCCCUUGUUCUUUGGCUUGGGUGAGACCAGUAGAGGAACACUGGACAUCGAAAGCUAUUUUGCAGUUCCAGAAGUUGUGCGGUUUGAAGCCAUUAGUGGGGGUAGUGGAUGAAUAUGUAGAUGGAAUCCUUAACAUUUUUUUGUGUGACACAUCCUCAAACGAAGAUGUCUAUUUCCAUCAUGUCUUGAGAACAGAGGGCCAUGCUAUUGUAUGCCGAGAAAAUAUCUCUUCUAAGGGUUUCAGUGAGCUCAACCCUUUAGCUUUAUACACGACAUCCAGUGGAGGGCCAGAGGACAUUGUCUUGACAGAAAUGGGUUAUCCUUCCCAGCAGCACUAUUUUAAUGAAGACCGAAAGAUAAGUCCACAGUCAAAAGAGAGUGAGUUACAUAUCCUGCAAGAUAUUAAUGAUGAAAAGUCUUUAAGUCAUCUUAAAUCUGAGUCAAAGGAGCCAUUAAAGGAUUCUGAAUUUGAUUCUUUGAAAACCUGUAAUAAGAGCUUUGAAGAAGAUCCAAAGUGGUCCAACCCAGAACCAAAUGAUCUGAAGGAAGAAAAUGAGGAUGAGAUCCCCACUGGAAUGCCAUGCCUGGAGUCAGUGACCAUAGGUGAUGAUAUUUGGGAUGAGAACUGGUUACCUCUACAGGCUAAGAUGGGAAAAGGAGGUGAUGCUGCCUCCCAUCUAUUUACUGCAAGCUGUGGUGGAAAGAAUCAGUAUUCAUCAUGUAAAGAAAUGCCACAGAAGGACUGGUGUUUUUCUAUCCCUAAAGAUACAUGGGAAGAUUCUUGGCAGCCUUCAGGCCUUGUAAAUGGAAUGAAAGUAGAAGUUCAUAAGCCAGAAGUACUGGGUGCUCAGGAAGAAAAUACUGGCACAAACAGGACUCAAAAGCAACUAGACAUAAAUGGUUCUUCAGAUUCUUCCACACUGCCCAAAUUGGAAGAAUUCUGUACCUCUCUUACCCAGUCAGAGCAGUCAGCAGACGGGAGCCAGUCUGAACCCAACAACAGUCAGACUCAGCCAAAGCAAAUUCAGCUUUCCACAGCAGUACCCUGUUCAACAACUGCAGUGGAUGAUUCUGCAGAAAAGCCCUCUGGUUCUGUGGAAAGCUCACCAGAGAUCCUAAAGAAUGAAGAUUUUUCUAGCAGCCGUGCUAUUACAUUGUACAAAGACAAGAGUCAAGAAUCCAUGGACCAGCUGUCUUUGAUUUUGUCUUAUGAGUGCCAGAUUUCUCAGAAGCUCUACAUUCCUCGAAGUACAGCCACUGCUGCCUUAGGUGCUGCCGCACGGUUAGCUACAUCCAGGAGCCUCCUACACUGGUACCCCAGUGUGAAAAGGAUGGAAGCAUGAAGGAGGGAGGGAGGAGGGAGAAAAACAGAAUCCAGCCACUUAGGCCUUGAUGAACUCCCAGGCCAAAAUGAGGAGGUAUCGAAGCAAAAUAGUAUCUUGAUCCUUGAUACUUUUGUCUUUCUGUGACUAUAUGUUAGCUUUAUUAUGGUAACAGUCUACUUUGAUGUGUAAGUAUUGAUAUUUACUGUUAAUCUUGAUUUUUCUUGAUUUUGUUUUAUUCUGUGUCAUUUUGUUCACCUUUGUUUUUAAUGUAGUUUAAAGGAAUUUGUUUUUUUGUGUUUCUCUUUUUCUUGUACAUUAUCAUGACUGAUAAAUGAAAAUUGAAAAACUAA